AACGAAUUCAUGUGUUUUUAAUCUUUCUGUUUGAGAUCUUGACUUGAAUCUCAACGAAAUGAAAUUCACAGAAGCAGCAUAUACGGAAACUGGGGAGGAGAGCACUUUCCAAAAGAAUAACAAAUUAAUUUCAUCUCAUCUCUGAUGAUGUGAAAAAGUGAGGCUUGACAUUGAACCUUUUGACAAUGUUUCUGAGGACAGAGGGAAUGUUAUCUUCCACUGAUUACUGCUGUUCUGCAAAAUUUGUUCCCAGAAUCAGCUCCACUCAUUUGCGAGCUGCUGACAAAGAUCCAAGUGGAAUUAAAAGGGAAACCCUGCCUUUUCUUUUGUUCCACGCAGAGCAGAGGCCUCCCUCUGCAGCCUGGCAUCCAGGGGCCCCGACCCUGCGGGCUUUGUGCCUGGUGCUGCUGACGAGCCUGGCAGCCCUGGGGCCUGUGUUUUUCCAGUUCUACCAGCUCUCCCACACUCAGCAAGACAGCAUUUCUGAAAAGGAAAAGAGACUGGAGAAUCUCUCCCGACAGCUGCAGUCCCUCCAAGCCCAGAACGGGAAGCUUGCAGACACUCUGCAGCGUGUAGCUGAAAACUGUCGUGAGCUUUAUAACAAAACUGGAGAACACAGUUGCAGCCCUUGCCCAGAAAAAUGGAAGUGGCAUGGGGAUAAAUGCUACCAGUUCCAUAAAGAGAGCAAGAGCUGGCAGGGCUGUGAGUACUUCUGCAGUGCGGUAAACGCCACCAUGCUGAAGAUAAACACGCAAGAGGUGCUGGAGUUUGCCUUGCCUCAGAGCUACUCUGAGUUUUUCUACUCUUACUGGACAGGGCUGUCCCGCAACGGCAGUGCCAAGGCCUGGCUGUGGGUUGACGGAGCCCCUUACUCCUCUGAACUGUUUGAAAUCGUAAUCGAUGUCAGCAGCCUAAGAAGCCGGGACUGUGUGACCAUCCUCCACGGGAAGGCUUUCUCCAAGGACUGCAGAGAGCUGAGGCGGUGCGCGUGUGAGCGGGCGGCGGGGGCGGCGAGGCUGGGGGAGCUCCGGUAGCUUCUCUGCACCAUCACGGGGCCGACGGACUCUCCCGCCUCAGCUGCGCCCCAGGCGCCCUUCGGAGAAACCGAAGAUGAGAACCAAAGUCGGUCACCUUAUGUGUACCUGGAAUAGUUUGGUUUCCUAUUGUCUUCCAACUGAUCCGUGUCUCUGCAACGAUCCAACAAAAUGUUUGAGCCAAGUGAAGUCAGCACAAGGGGGAUUUAAGACACGGGGGAGUGGGGAAAACAGAAGAACGGCGAUCCCUCUGGUACAAGAAGGAUUUUCAUGUUUCCUGGUCAGGAUCACCAGCGCUUCUGAGCUCGGCUUCCUGCCUAUGCUGACCACUCAGAGAGAAGUCCUGUCUAUGUGCCGACCAUCCCCAGAAGCCUAUAAAGAUGCAAUCUGCCUCAUUGACUUAGGGAGAACUUCCUGUGUUCCUCCUCCUCAGCAUCUUCCUGUUUCCAUGUCCCCCUUAAUAUUGGGAGAAAUGAGAAACUUACGGAAGUAGAAGAAAUCGGUGAAUGUAGCAUCGUUUGCUCCAACAGCUAAGCAGUCCAUGAGAGGUCAGCCAUCACUCCCUAUAGUGUGCUACCAAAUACACAGAUCCUUCUUUUUGUUUCCUUCAGGUCAUGCUUUUCCCUCCCCAAACUCUCAAGAAAGACCCAUCUGGCCUGCCCCUGGGAUAGUUCCCUUUAUUAGGAUCUUAACUUCUUACAAACAUAUACCCUGCUCCCCAUCCCCCUCCCCCAUGCCCAUUUAAGACUCCAAUAAUUGUCUUCUUUCCCUAGGAAUGUCUUCCAGGAAAGAAACAUUCUUAACUCGGUUCCAUAUCAGAAUUAAGGUCCCUGAUGCUCCCUUCAGAGAAAUGGACGAUCAGAAAUAAGUCAAUUGCUUUACAUGCAUCUGUAAUAGUUUGGCUUCAGUUCCUAUUUACUUCCAUUUGAUCCAUUAGGUACUGAUGAUUUUAUAAUAAUAAAUGUAAAUAAUGUGA